UCUUUGGUUUUUUAGACCCGUACGGUGUAAAAUGUCAAAUGUCAGUGGUUAAUAAUUUUGUAAUCAUGGGGAAUCAUGUGUUCUUUUGGAUUUGUUUAUGUGGUGUUUUGUUAUCUAUUUCGGAAGUUUCUCCUGAAAGAACAAAAGAUAAAAUGUACGAAUCUAUUGAUGGAGCGGCAGCUUGCUUCAGAAGACUGAAUGGAACUCAUCAGUUCGGCUGCUCAUCUUCCCGCUCAGGCAGUGUUGGUGCUAUACACUUAAUUGAUGAUGAUGAUGACCUACUGUGGCUUUUGAAUAAAGGGGAUGCUCCACCUUAUAUGGCUGUUCUUGGUCCUGAUAUGUUCAAGAGGGAUGUGCUGUUGCCAUUGCGUGAUUCCGGAAAGGUCAGUGGUGUGUUGCUCGCAUAUGACACAGCUACUGAUCUGCCACAACACUAUUCACCUGACGAUACCUGCCCCAAUCGGUACUCAGGACAGAAGAAGUGUGACGACAAUGCCCCGUGGAACCCUGAGGGAAUGGGACUCCUGCAAAUUGACUGGGGCUUUCCAAUGUUCUACAUCAAAAGCAAUUCUAAUGAUAGUUCUGGGAACCUGCGGAAGAUAAGAGAGUGUCACCAGCGCUAUAACAGCGCUGACACUCAGGCUGGACGGACACUUUGUGCUAUAGAGAUGAAUUCAUACAUGUCUGCAGCUGUCAGUUCAGAAGUGUGUGUUAGGCGAAAUGGAGUGAAAAAUAAUUUCCAUCCAGGUGAGACACAGGUCCACGUGUGUGACGCUCUUAUUGACCGUAACGUUUGGGUGAGCCUACCAGCUCUCUCACGAAAUCGUCCAGAUGCCGCUUAUGAAAACGGAACGGUCAUCAUGGUUUCAGCCCGAAUGGAUUCCACGUCUAUGUUUGACCAGGUGGUGCCAGGUGCAACAAGCCCAGUCACUGGUAUAGUGGCACUGCUGGCCACGGCGCAUGCCCUUUCCCAGGUCUUCCCCCAGGAUGACACACAACAAUCGAGCACUGUUCUUUUCACACUGCUGCAUGGUGAAUCACACGACUACAUCGGAUCCCAGCGUCUCUUGUGGGAUAUGCUGCACGGACAGUUUCCACAUCCUCCAAAUGCCGGUAUUGAUGAUCCUGUACACCUGCUGUACCCAAACCAUCUAAAGCUCUUUGUUGAACUGAGCCAGCUUUCCAACAGGCAGCAACAUCUCACUUUCCACCCAGCAAGCAGUGCAAAUUACAUCAGGGCUCAUGCUCCAGUGAUGGACUUCAUGGGCAACAUGACGGAAUUUGGACACAACUAUGGAAUUACAUUUACUAAGUCAACUACAGACACACUGCCACCUGCUUCUCUACAGACGUUUCUUGUGCACGAUAACAAACUACCUGGUGUGGUUAUUGCUGAUCACGAAGCUGGCUUUACGAAUAGGUACUAUAACAGUAUAUUUGAUGAUGCAUCGACACUCAACUACACAUAUUACAAUGGCUCUGUUCCACCUGAGGAUUCACUUGCAUCAUUUAUAGCUAACUUCUCUACAGUUUUGGCACAGUCAUUGUUCUACAUGGCAACGAAAACAAAAAACACUAAUGCAUCUGUUGAUGCAACUCUGGUGGAUGAGUUGCUCCAUUGCUAUCUAGAGAGUAUGAACUGCUCAAUCUUCAAUGCUGCAACAUUCCAGAGCAGAUUUGAAGAUAAGCCACCUACAUUUUACAUAGGUGUCAAUGCUUAUCCAAGUGUAAUGGCACAGCUGACAGGGCAGACAUUGGCAUACCUGACGGGGCAGGUCACGAACAAAACCAAGGAGCAGUGUGUCGCUGAUCCUCAGAGCCAGGUAUACCAGUACCUUUGGAUGUCUGGCAAGAAUGAAAAUGGAAAUUCAACAGGUGUUUGUGUUAAGACUACAAUGAAUUAUUCAAUAGCUGAAAGUCCGGCAUUCUCAAUAGAAGGUUAUGAUUGGGCAUCUGGCCAGUACUCAACUUGGACUGAGAGCACAUGGAAUGAAUUCAGAGUGCGCAUGUUUCUCAAGCCAUCAUACAGGCAUGAAGUAGUGACCCUGUGCAUUGGUAUUGCCGUGAUGUUUUUCUCAUUUGUGAUUGUGUUCUUCAUUAAUACACGCUCACAUGUCCUGUUUGGUGAUGUGUUGGUGGCGGCGAGUUGCUAGGGCAGCGACGCAAAUCAGAUCUCCUUGACGACCUUUCCCCGGCUGAGUGACUCGCUGUCGCCCAUUGCUCAGCUGUAAGAGGUCGGCGUUCUAGGACACCUGAUUUGCGACAUCUGUAAGGACUGUUGGCAGUGCGUCUGCGCUGCUGGGUGCCCUGCCCCAAAUAUGUUAUACUCUUGUAACAUUCCACAGAGUGAAUUGGAACGUUGGAGUGAACGGUGGUGUUUUGAAGUGUGCGGUGUGCAGUGAGGUUCUUCCCUCUUAUUUUAUCACUGCUGUGAGCUUGUUAUAUUUGUAUGUAUACUGUAUUUUUAAACAAGAAUGUAAAUACUGAAUUAUUUAUUAAUAUCAUUGUAUAUAGGCCGUAACAGCUUUCAGUAAUGUUAGGUAUAUAGUCAGUGUGUGUGACUGAUUGUGUACAGCAAAUGUGUCAUUUGCUAAAUGUGCUUUCAUUAUUGUGUGAAGCUGUUCUUACUGCCACCAUGACUUUACUGGUUCCAGCCAAAUACUACUUAUUAAUUGUAAACUCAAAUGUUGUACUUAAAUUACAAUCUCUCUAAAACUUUUAUACAAAGUAAAAUAUAAAAUAUUAUCUGUGUUUUUUAAUGUGUAGCAAGUAAAUGUAUGCAUGGUAAAAAAAAAAAAAAAUGGAAAAAACGAGGCAUACAUAAAUUAUGGGAGAUCUACAGAAAGAGGCAGUUCAUAUGUAGACCUACGGUAAAA